AUGAUAACUACAUUUAAUAGUGUAUUCAAGAUACUGUAUAUAAGACAAUCUAUAUUCAAUCAUGUUGAAAAGAUAUCACAACAACAACAACAACAACAACAAACUACGGGUUCUAAAAGACAUCUAAAAGGAAGAGAUAUUGCAAAGUUACCAUUUCUUGGUAUGAUAACAGAUUAUGGUAUGCCAUGGUACUUUAUCAAACAUUAUCUACCACCAUCUGACACUUUAUUGUUCAAGAGAAGGGCAUAUACAAUCACUCGAUACUGUGCACAUCGUAAUGCAACAUUGGAUAUACUCAUUCAUCUAUUAGAAUGGUGUCCCAAUUACGAUCCACAACAAGACAAGAUCUGUUAUACUCGACUAGCUGAAAACAUUGCAGCUACUGGAAACAAAGAUAUUUUAGAGUAUAUCAUUAAUAGAUAUCCAAAUAUCAAUUUAAAUAAUGUAAAUCAAAGAGCUAUUACAGGUGGUCAUGUUUCUAUUUUGGAACUUUUAACAAGUCUUGGUAAAGAUGGAGGUGACUUUACAAGUGAUUCAUUACAUCGUGCAAUUGAAUAUGGAUAUCUAAAUGCUGUCAUAUACUUGCAUGAUAGAACUAAAGAGAAAUCAAACAACUCACCACCAAUCUUUGGUAAUUGGGCUAUGGGUGUUGCUGCUAGAAAUGGUCAUUUGGAUAUUGUAAAGUUUCUUCAUUAUAAUAGAACUGAAGGAUGUGUUGUUGAUGGUUUGUCACUCGCCGCUAGAGGUGGACACUUGGAUAUUGUAAAGUUUUUAUUAUUAAAUAGAAGUGAUGUUUCUAAAUAUGAUGUAUUAACUUCUGCUGCUAGAUCUGGAAACCUAGAGUUGGUAAAGUUUCUACAUGAAUAUAAUCAAUUUCAAUUUAAUUGUAAUACAGAGGCUAUGGAUAUUGCGGCGGCGUCUGGACACUUUUCAGUGGUAGAAUGGUUACAUUUUAAUCGUACUGAAGGAUGUACAACCAGAGCAAUGGAUCAAUCUCCCUGCUUUGAAAUUACCCAAUUCCUUCAUUUAAAUCGAACAGAAGGUUGUACAACAAAAGCUUUAAAUAAUGCCUCUAUCCUUGGUUAUGUAGAUACUACAAAUUUUCUAUUAAAUAAUCGAACUGAAGGAUGCACAAUAGAUGCUUUAGAGAGAACUGCAUUUGCUACCAAUAUUGUAGAUAUUAUAACCUAUCUCCAUGCCAAUGACACACACUUUUCACCGAGAUAUGUAUACUAUACAAUUGCAUGGGGGAGACUUGAUGCUAUCCCAUUCUUUUUAGAACAUUAUAUACAUUCUCCCAUAUGGGAUGAAGCAUUGGAUAUGGCUGCAGAGUUUGGUUAUUUUGACAUUGUAAAGGUACCAACCAACCCAUCCAUCUAUUCACUCAUCAAUCAAAUGAAACCAAGAUAUUAA